GGCUCCUUCGUGUCUGAUUCUGAACGAACUCGCUCCUCUUCCCAAAUCUCUAUCCCCCGUCUGCUUCUCCGAUCAAUCUCUGAAUUUCUUAACACUCUUCGACCAGAUCGAGUUUCUAUCAAUCUUCUGAAUUUUAUCCCUCAAUUCCGUGAUUUGGAAGAUGAGCUUGAAGGCUACGAUCCUGAUAUUAGGGCUCUUAUGGAGCUUCCAGGCAACGUUAGGUAUUAGAUUCGUGAUCGACCGAGAAGAAUGUUUCUCCCACAAGGCUGAAUAUGAAGGUGAUACACUUCAUGUGUCUUUCGUCGUCAUCAAGUCUGAUUCUCAAUGGCAUUUUAACGAGGAUGGUGUAGAUCUUGUGAUACAUGGCCCAACAGGCGAGCAAAUUCAUGACUUCAGGGAGCAGAUAAGCGCAAAGCACGACUUUGUUGUCCAAAAGAAAGGGGUUUACCGUUUUUGUUUCACAAACAAGUCUCCCUAUCACGAAACCAUUGACUUCGAUGUACAGCUUGGUCACUUUGCAUACUACGAUCAACACGCAAAGGACGAGCAUUUCACUCCCUUGAUGGAGCAGAUAUCAAAGUUAGAGGAGGCUCUUUACAACAUCCAAUUUGAACAACAUUGGUUAGAGGCUCAGACCGAUCGUCAAGCUAUUGUGAACGAGAACAUGGGCAGAAGAGCAGUACACAAAGCUUUGGUUGAGUCGCUGGCACUGAUUGCGGCAAGUCUUCUCCAAGUUUAUCUUCUGCGUCGCUUGUUUGAACGCAAACUCGGCAUGUCACGUGUCUAAAAAGUAUGAGUUUAUCAUCCAUCAUUUUGGACUUAUUUUACCUUAAGAUGUACCAAGGAAUCUUACUUAUAAAGCUCUUACAGACAGAUGGUAGUUCAUUGGAAGAUUUGCUUUUUUCCCAUGUUCAAGAAAUUAUCCACUCGUGCUUAUAAUUUAAUCAGUCUUUUUUCUC